GCCGGCGGCCCCGCCCCUCCCCCAACCGCCCGCCUAGCAUGGUGCGGCGGCCGCGCGCGCCGACAUGGGCGAGAAGCUGGAGCUGAGGCUCAAGUCGCCGGUGGGCGCCGAGCCCGCUGUCUACCCGUGGCCGCUGCCGGUCUACGACAAGCACCACGAUGCUGCUCAUGAGAUUAUUGAGACUAUCCGGUGGGUCUGUGAGGAAAUCCCGGAUCUCAAGCUGGCCAUGGAGAACUACGUUCUCAUCGACUAUGACACCAAAAGUUUCGAAAGCAUGCAGAGGCUGUGUGACAAGUACAACCGAGCCAUCGACAGCAUCCACCAGCUGUGGAAGGGCACCACGCAGCCCAUGAAGCUGAACACUCGGCCCUCCAAUGGGCUCCUGCGGCACAUCCUGCAGCAGGUGUACAACCACUCCGUGACCGACCCCGAGAAGCUCAACAACUACGAGCCCUUCUCCCCGGAGGUGUACGGGGAGACCUCCUUCGACCUGGUCGCCCAGAUGAUCGACGAGAUCAAGAUGACCGAGGACGACCUGUUUGUAGACCUGGGCAGUGGUGUGGGGCAGGUUGUCCUUCAGGUUGCUGCUGCCACCAACUGUAAACAUCACUACGGAGUGGAGAAAGCGGACAUCCCAGCCAAGUACGCGGAGACCAUGGACCGAGAGUUCAGGAAGUGGAUGAAAUGGUAUGGAAAAAAGCAUGCAGAAUACACACUGGAACGAGGUGACUUCCUCUCAGAGGAGUGGAGGGAACGGAUCGCCAACACGAGUGUUAUAUUUGUGAAUAACUUUGCCUUUGGUCCUGAGGUGGAUCACCAGCUGAAGGAGCGGUUCGCAAACAUGAAGGAAGGUGGCAGGAUCGUCUCCUCCAAGCCCUUCGCCCCUCUCAACUUCAGGAUCAACAGCAGGAACUUGAGUGACAUCGGCACCAUCAUGCGUGUGGUGGAGCUGUCGCCCCUGAAGGGCUCUGUGUCGUGGACUGGGAAGCCGGUCUCCUACUACCUGCACACUAUUGACCGCACCAUACUUGAAAACUAUUUUUCUAGUCUGAAAAAUCCAAAACUCAGGGAGGAGCAGGAGGCCGCGCGGCGACGGCAGCAGCGGGAGAACAAGAGCAACGCCACCACCCCCACCAAGGUCCCCGAGAGCAAGGCCGCGGCCACCGAGGUCCCUGCGGACUCUGGUGCUGAGGAAGAAAAGUCAGGUGUGGCCACUGUCAAAAAGCCAUCUCCCUCCAAAGCCCGGAAGAAGAAGCUGAGCAAGAAAGGCAGGAAGAUGGCUGGCCGGAAACGCGGGCGGCCCAAGAAAAUGAGUGCUGCAAAUGCUGAGCGCAAGUCCAAGAAGAGCCAAAGCACACUGGACCUCCUGCGCUCCCCGCCUGCAGCCCCACCCCCAGCCUCACCCCAGGACGCGUACAGGGCGCCUCCUAGCCCAUUCUACCAGCUACCUCCGAGCACGCAGCUCCACUCCCCCAAUCCGCUGCUGGUGGCACCCACCCCGCCUGCAUUACAGAAGCUUUUAGAGUCCUUCAAAAUCCAGUACCUGCAGUUCCUGGCCUACACGAAGACCCCGCAGUACAAGGCCAACCUGCAGCAGCUGCUGGACCAGGAGAAGGAGAAGAACACGCAGCUGCUGGGCACCGCUCAGCAGCUCUUCGGUCAUUGCCAAGCCCAGAAGGAGGAGAUCCACAGACUGUUCCAGCAGAAGCUGCAUGAGUUGGGCGUGAAGGCGCUGACCUACAAUGACCUAAUUCAGGCCCAGAAGGAGAUCUCGGCCCACAACCAGCAGCUGCGGGAGCAGUCGGAACAGCUGGAGAAGGACAACAGCGAACUGCGGAGCCAGAGCCUGCGGCUGCUCAGGGCCCGGUGCGAGGAGCUGAGGCUGGACUGGUCCACGCUGUCUCUGGAGAACCUGCGGAAAGAGAAGCAGGCCCUGCGGAGCCAGAUCUCGGAGAAGCAGAGACACUGCCUGGAGCUGCAGAUCAGCAUCGUGGAGCUGGAGAAGAGCCAGCGGCAGCAGGAGCUCCUGCAGUUGAAGUCCUGCGUGCCGCCCGACGAUGCCCUGUCCCUGCAUCUGCGAGGCAAGGGGGCCCUGGGCCGCGAGCUGGAGGCCGAUGCUGGGCGGUUGCGUCUCGAGCUGGACUGUGCCAAGAUCUCCCUGCCGCACCUCAGCAGCAUGAGCCCCGAGCUCUCCAUGAAUGGCCAUGCCGCCAGCUACGAGCUCUGCAACACAGCUAGUCGGCCCUCGUCCAAGCAGAACACCCCCCAGUACCUGGCCUCCCCCCUGGACCAGGAGGUCGUACCCUGCACCCCCAGCCACAGUGGCCGGCCCCGGCUAGAAAAGUUGUCUGGCCUGGCUUUGCCAGACUAUACCCGGUUGUCCCCUGCGAAGAUUGUCUUGAGGCGGCACCUGAGCCAGGACCAUGCCGGGUCUAGCAAAGCCGCUGCCGGUGAGCCGCACCCUCGGGCGGAGCCCACCAAGGAAAGCACCCUUCCCUACCAGAGCCCCGGCUUGUCCAACAGCAUGAAGCUCAGCCCCCAGGAUCCACUGCCUGCCUCCCCGGCGACCUCGCCGCUCACCUCAGAGAAGGGCAGUGAGAAGGGCGGGAAGGAGCGUGCCUACAGCAGCCACGGGGAGACGAUCACCAGCCUGCCCGUCAGCAUUCCACUCAGCACCGUGCAGCCCAACAAGCUGCCCGUCAGCAUCCCGCUGGCUAGCGUGGUGCUGCCCAGCCGCGCCGAGAGGGCGAGGAGCACUCCCAGCCCUGUGCCACAGCCCCGAGACUCCUCAUCCACACUUGAAAAGCAGAUUGGUGCUUCUGCCCAUGGUGCAGGAGGCGGUGCAGGAGGGAGCAGGAGCCUCGCCCUGGCGCCUACAGGCUUCUACACUGGCUCGGUGGCCAUCAGCGGGGCCCUGGCCAGCAGCCCAGCGCCUCUGGCCUCUGGAGUGGAAUCUGCUGUUUUCGACGAGUCCUCUGGACCCAGCAGCCUCUUUGCCACCAUGGGGUCUCGCAGCACACCGCCACAGCACCCCCCUCUGCUGCCGCAGCCCCGCAACUCCGGCCCCGCCUCUCCUGCCCACCAGCUCUCAGCCAGUCCCCGCCUGAGUGGGACGACCCAGGGUCCGCUGCCCGACACCAGCAAGGGGGAUCUCCCUUCUGACCCUGCCUUCUCCGACCCGGAGAGCGAAGCCAAGAGGAGGAUUGUGUUCAGCAUUGCAGCCGGUUCCGGCUCUAAGCAGUCGCCUUCCACCAGGCACAGCCCCGUGACCUCUGGCCCCCGUGGGGACUGUGGUCAGAGCCAUGGGCAGGACAGCCGUAAGCGCAGCAGACGGAAGCGUGCGUCAGCUGGAACCCCCAGCCUCAGCACGGGUGUGUCCCCCAAGCGCCGGGCUCUGCCAACUGUCGCUGGCCUCUUCACACAGUCCUCGGGGUCUCCCCUCAACCUCAACUCCAUGGUCAGCAACAUCAAUCAGCCCCUGGAGAUCACAGCCAUCUCAUCCCCUGAGAGCUCCCUGAAGAGUUCCCCCACCCCCUACCAGGACCACGAUCAGCCCCCAGUGCUCAGGAAGGAGCGGCCCCUGGGCCCGACCAAUGGAGCCCAUUACUCACCGCUGACCUCAGAUGAGGAGCCAGGCUCUGAGGACGAGCCCAGCAGUGCCCGAAUCGAAAGAAAAAUUGCAACAAUCUCCUUAGAAAGCAAAUCUCCCCCGAAGACGCUGGAAAAUGGUGUCUUUACCCACGCGGUGCCUUCUGCCUCUGCUCACCCGUUUGGAGCUGGUGUCGGCAGCGGGGCUGUGUGUAGCAGCGCCACGCUGGGCCUGAGCCCGCUGCAGGCGGCGGCCAGCACCUCGGCUUCUUCCUUUCAGGCCGCGGCUUCGGUCGAGACUCGGCCGCCCCCUCCGCCUCCCCUCCUUCCUCCUCAGCACCUGGGCAGGCCCCCUGCGGGGCCUCCCGUCCUCCACGCACCCCCCCCUCCUAACGUGGCCUUGCCUCCUCCACCUGCGCUGCUGACUUCUAACUCGGAGCCGGUGCUUCUGCAGAGCCUGGCCUCCCUCCCGGCUAACAAAGCUUUCUUACCCCCCUCCUCUGCCGCCUCUCUGCAGCCUGCUAACGCCUCUCUGUCUGUCAAGCUCGCCUCCCUCCCACACAAGGUCUCCCGCCCCUCCUUCACGGUGCACCACCAGCCCCUGCCCCGGCUGGCCCUGGCGCAGGCCGCGCCCGCCGCCCCGCAGGCCAGCUCCUCGGGGCCAUCUGCUGUGUGGGUUUCCCUUGGCAUGCCGCCUCCUUAUGCCGCGCACCUUUCGGGGGUUAAGCCUCGAUAAAGACCUUGCUUAGCUAGCAGUUCAUGUUCUGUAAGGUAAGGCUAGAGCCAGACCGCCCCUCCUCUUGCCCGGAAGACGGCUGGCAGGGCUCAGCAGAUGCCCGGGGUCCUGAGUGGUGGAGAUGGGGGGCUAAGGGAGGCAGCGGCCGAGAGGACAGCUGAGGUGAUGAGGUUCAAGUGGGGCGCACCAAAGCCAAGGCAGCCCCAACCCACCAGGAGGCUCCUGGCCCCCACCGGUCGGUGAUUUGGGGUCACAUCCUAGUUGUGAACUAAGGCCUCCGCCACCAGCCUGCCUGUGCAAGGGAGAGAAGGGCUUGUGGGGUGAGGCUGCCGGCCCUGUCCCGGGCAGAGGGCCGCCCGGGGUCGCAGGGCAUCCUGGAGCAGAGGUGGGCCUUAGGGUGCGGGGAGCAGGUCCCUGCCCGCCUCUCCCCGAACAGCAGCUGCCCAGCCCUGCCAGGCGGUCAUCAUGGUGGACAUGCCCUGGGAUUCAAGAGCCGGGGGCAGCCCUCCGGCCUCCUCCAUAGGGUGUGGCCCUGCGGGGGCAGUGGACUGGGCCCGGGACAGGCUGGCAGCUUCAUCUGGUGGGCCUAGGGCUAGAGUCUCUCCAGCUGACCCAUCCUGCGUGCUCAGCAACGCUGGAGGGGCCGGGCCCCGCAGUUCCUACCAGGGGCACCCCUGCCCUGUGUCCCGUGGGGCAGCUCAGCCAGUGGCGUGUGGAAUGCACCUAACCCCGGGCAUGUGCCUCCUCCCCGCAGGUAAUUAGGACUUCUACCUCAGCCACGACCUAUGCAAGGACGGUGUGGACCAAGCCUGCUGCCUACCAGGCCGGCGGAGCCGGACGUGGAGCCACUGUGAAUCGGCGGCACCGCAGGAGGUGCUGGACUGGUCCAGUUUGUACUGUCGAUAGUUUUAGAUAAAGUAUUUAUCGUUUUUUUUAAAAAGUAUAAGCAAUUCUGACUUAUUUUAUUCCAUCAAAGUCGUCCAAGGCAACCUCUUGAGACGUCUAAGUGUCUGUGAGAGAGAAUCCUAUAGACUUGGCCUGCCGGGCUGGCCGCCACGAGGACUCCCGACUCCGUCCCGGACGGUGCUAUCUCACCACCGAGCCCAUGCCCGCCCAUCUCCAACUCCGCCCCGCCCGGGUGCUGCCCCAGAUGUGGACCGUGGCCAAACAGUUCAGACGCCCCCACAGUUGACUGAUCCCAAAGGCCCGCCAGGCCUGCGGUGGGGGCCGACCCCCGGUCCGUCCUCCUCGGAGCUCGGCCGCUGCCGUCACUGUGAACAACCCGCGGGUAACCCUGUGGCUUCAGGCAUGCCGACGGACUGGGCUGAGUGGUGCUGACAGGUGUGGGCCGCCCCUGCAGGGCUCGGUGGCCCCUGUGACAAGUGCAUUUACUUUGUAUUUCUUUGCUUUUCUGGCUCGGGGCAUGCUGGCCAGGUGACAUGGGGCUGGCCCACUGUGGGUCCCCUGGCAUCUGUGUAUAAGAGCGUCACGUGAUGAGUGACAGUAUUUUAUAGAGAUGUGAUGGAGAUUUAUAAAUUUCAUAGACUUGACCGCAUUUAUUUUUAGAUUGUAUAAUGCACAGUGAACUUUAAAGGAAAGAAAAGUGAGGAGGAAAAAUACUUUUAUUUAUUCAGAUGCACAAAAAACGGCACUGGCCAGGGGCCCUGCAGGAUGGGGCCCAGAUGUGCUGGGCCACCCGGGGCCCCUGGCCACCGGGCACCGUCUGCCUGGCUCCAGGGGUUGCCUCCUGGUCCCGGGACAGGUGCAGCGGGCGUGGCUUCCGAGGGGCCAGGGCUGCUGUGGCUUGCUGAGGCUGUCCUGACUGCCUCAAUGCUGCUCACUUCAGGGUGGCGGUGGGUGGGCUGUGAGGGGGAAGCCAUGUCGACCCCUCAGCCUGCCCUGCCUCCAUGGCAGUUGUGAAGAUGGUGCUGGUGUCCCUUCCCACCCCCCACCCCCGCCCGCGAUGGUGCUCAUGCUCGCCAGGCCUGUCCCUGCGCACCACAGCUAGCUAAGGUGCUAAGGACAGGGUGGCCAUGAAGUUAGCAAGUCCCAGGCCUGGAACAAGACACUGAGUGAACACUUGUGCACACCCCACCCCACCCCCGGCCGCUGCUGCUCCAGUGGUCGCUGCUCCCACCUUACUUGAGUGUUAGGGGACAGACACUGCAUGUUCAUGGCCCGCAUGGCCCAGUGGGCCACAGGUGCUCUGGGCGGGCACAGCUGCAAGUCCUUUCCUGAGCCCCCAAGAAGUGGAACCCAUAGUAAACUGACCAUGGUGCAUGGCGGCCCCAGGUCCCAAGCUGAUGGUCCUAGCAUGGGGGGAGGCUGCCUCACUGUCCCUGUCACUCCAGCCCAAGGCCGCUGAGCUCAGGAACUGAUAGGAAGCCCUGCCUGGGACCCACUCCCACGCUAGCCCACACGGGGACCCCGCCGGACACACCUCCCAGUUCCCACCCUCCACCUCCACGGCUUUUUUGGCGGCCUGGCCCGUUGUGACUUGAUGCAGCUUUGCUCUGUCUUGUAACGACCUCUGUACUUAACGGUGCACUGUGCUCUCCCCUGGUUCCCCCAAGGCAUCGCGCACGUUGUCGCCGCCUCUAGACACAGUAAUAAAAAGCUGUUUCCACUUGA